AUGACCCUAAUGGAGCAUGUGCAACCAGCUCCUCCUCUGGACCCUCUGGACCUCCCACCAUCCACCAAUGGGAAGGGCAGCAUAGGACAUGGAGGCCGGAGGCCGCUGUGCCUGGCGGCCUUUCUGAAGGUCGGUGCUCAGCUCCGCCUGGCCCAGUCGUUAUGGGCCCUCUUCACCUCAUCCCUGGCCAUCUCCCUGGUGUUUGCCAUCAUCCCCUUCUGUCGAGAUGUGAAGGUGCUGGCCUCUGUCAUGGCACUGGCGGGCCUAGCCAUGGGCUGCAUCGACACGGUGGCCAACAUGCAGCUGGUGAGGGUCUACCAGAAGGACUCGGCCAUCUUCCUCCAGGUUCUCCAUUUCUUUGUGGGCUUUGGCGCCCUGCUGAGCCCCCUCAUUGCCGACCCCUUCCUGUCUGAGGCCAACUGCUUGCCCGCCAACGGCACGGCCAAUGCCACCUCUGGAAGCCACCUGUUCCACGCCUCCAGGAUCCUAGGCCAGCACCACACCGAGGCGUGGCGUUGGUCCAACCACUCGCUCUCCGGGCUGCCUGCGCAGGACCGGGCAGGGACCCGCGUGUCGUAUGCCUUCUGGAUCAUGGCCCUGAUCAAUCUCCCGGUGCCCAUGGCUGUGCUGUUUCUGCUAUCCAAAGAGCGGCUGCUGGCCUGCUGCCCUCAGAGGAGGCCCCUGCUCCUGUCUGCAGAUGAGCUGGCCCUGGAGACGCAGCCUCCCGAGAAGGAAGACGCCUCCUCACUGCCCCCAAAGUUUCAGCCACACCCAGGGCACGAGGACCUGUUCGGCUGCUGGCAGAGGAAGAACUUCAAAGGAGCCCCUUACUCCUUCUUCGCCAUCCACAUCACAGCCGCCCUGGUCCUGUUCAUGACCGACGGGAUGACGGGGGAGUACUCAGCUUUUGUAUACAGCUAUGCAGUGGAGAAGCCGCUGUCUGUGGGGCACAAGGUGGCUGGUUACCUCCCCAGCCUCUUCUGGGGCUUCAUCACCCUGGGUCGGCUCAUCUCCAUUCCCAUCUCCUCCAAAGUGAAGCCAGCCACCAUGGUGUUCGUCAAUGUGGUGGGCGUGGUGGUGACGUUCCUCGUGCUUCUCGUUUUCUCCUACAACGUCGUCUUCCUGUUCGUGGGGACAGCCAGCCUGGGCCUGUUCCUCAGUAGCACCUUCCCCAGCAUGCUGGCCUACACUGAGGACAUUCUGCAGUACAAAGGCUGUGCGACCACGGUGCUGGUGACAGGGGCAGGAAUUGGCGAGAUGGUUCUCCAGAUGCUGGUUGGUUCGAUUUUCCAGGCCCAGGGCAGCUAUAGCUUCCUGGUCUGUGGCGUGAUCUUUGGUUGCUUGGCUUUUACCUUCUAUGUCUUGCUCCUGUUUUUCCACAGGAUGCACUCUGGACUCUCAUCAGUUCCUACCCAGGACAAAGCACUGGGAAUGGAAAGCCCAGAGUGCUACCAGAGGUAA